UUAAGGCUUCGCUAGCUUCUGCCGCCGCCGUCAGCGCGGCGCAUGCGAGUCGAAUCCCCAGUCGCUCAAGUCGUUUGCUCAUCCAGACGAGAGGGAUGUUCGUGCAAAAGCUCAACCCACUGACUGGAGAGGCGGACUGGGUACUUGUGAAUGACCCAGGUCUCGGCGAUGAGGACGAUGCCUCCGCGGACCUCGUGGCCACAUCCUCCUACCUAGACAUGCUCACAGACAGUCGCCGCAACGUCGCAUACAACGCCGCCCUCCGCCGUGUGUUGCCAGCCAAGCAGCUGCAGAACGCCGCCGCGCAGCCUCAGACCCCUAGCAACAUUCCCACUCUAUCAACCGCUGCAGCUGCUGCUGUGAACGAGCCAAACACGGCACCUGCGCCCUCGGCGAACACAGCCGCCGCCGCCAGCAGCAGCAGCAGCAUUAGCAGUGCGGUUCCGCCCGUGCGCGUCUUGGACAUUGGAACGGGCACCGGCCUCCUAGCCAUGAUGGCCGCGCGAGCACUGGGCAUCGAGGCAGCUGCUACUGCUGCUGCCGCUACCACCGCCCUUGACGCUGCUGCUGCUGCUGCCGGUGCUACAGCUGCGACCAGCGCACCGAGUGCUGAUGCACCGCCGAGCGCUCCCGUGGUAGCGUGUGAGGUGUUCCCGCCCAUGCAGAACCUGGCACGUCGGGUAGUUGCUGCCAACGGCCUCAACAAUGUUGUUCGCAUCGUCAACAAACGGUCAGACGAGAUGGUUGUACGAAUGCCCUCAUCCAUCGCCGCAACAACGGAAGGCAGCAGCGCCGCCGCCGCCAAUACGGCACAUGCGGCUGCGAUGGCUCGGGCUCGUGCCCGCUUGGCGGCUGCGGCUGCGGGCGAGGGCUCUUCAGAGCCGGACAUGACGGGGCGUGCGGAUGUGAUUGUUACGGAGAUUUUUGACUCUGAGCUGCUGGGGGAGGGCAUGAUACCUACCAUGCGGCACGCGGUGCAGCACCUGCUCAAGGAGGGCGGUGUCGUCAUCCCCGCCACGUCUCGAGUGUACGGCCAGAUCGUCCAGUGUCCGUUGAUGCACCACAUGACCGGUCUCAGGACGGCCGACGCAACCUCGUCUUCAUCCGCCGCUGCCAGCAGCAGCAACGGUAGCCCGACCGAGAACGCCUGGUCGAAUGGGGAUGCAGCUGACGCCAGCAGCAGCGGUCGAGCCGAGGCAGCGGCCUCGCGUGUGUUGGGUGUGCUUGGAGAGCUUGACGCACGAGCUCGCGCCACCACUUACAAGGGAGAUGAGCUGUACGAGGUUCGGGAAAUGCAUGUUGACCUGUUGUAUCGCGACCCGCAACAGCAACAGCAAGGAGAGCCACUGUCAUCGUCGUCAUCACCGCCCCUAGCAGCCCAACAGCAGCAGCUAUCGCCGGAUGGCGCCGCCCCGCCGCUGCUACCGCUCAGCGAGCCCUUCCUUGUCUUUGACUUCGACUGGCUACGCCCGCCGCCGUCCUCAGGCCGCCGUACGACGCUGCAGGUCCCUGUCGUACAGCAGGGCACCGCACAUGCCGUACUGCUAUGGUGGCAGCUGGGCAUGACGCCUGAGGACCUCCGGCUCCAGCCGACUGGGCCGGCGGCAGCAGCAGCAGCACCCGGGCGGGAAGUACGACAGGAGCCUCAGCAAGAGCAGCAGCCGUCACCCUCCCCAGCCCAAGACGGGGCGUCCCUAGGCCAUCUGCACCCUCAGCAGCAGGAGCAGCAGCGGCAGCAGCAGC